AUGGUCAAGCUCAAGCGUGCUCGGUCACGUUCUCCGUCGCCGUCGCUGGAUCGGGAGCAAAGUGGCGGCAAUGACGAUGCUGGCAGUGCUUCGACAUCCACGUCCACCUCGAAGCGCCGCAAUCGUCACCAACGACUGCGAUUCAAACAACACCAACAUGCACCAGCAACGCCGGCAACAGCCUCCAGCACCGCCUCCUCCACCGCAGCAACCCAUCGACGGCGGGCGGCCGCUCCAAUCGCGCCAGUGCCCUUGACAAUUCUGCCGACACUGCCGACGCUGGAGGGAUCGCUCGCUGAAGAGAUCGUUCUGCGCUGUCUGAGCUACCUCGACGUACACGAUGUACUCAACUUAGCCACCGUCAGCUCGGGAUGGUGCAGGCUGACCCAUGACAACCAGGUGAGUCAUACCCAUCCAGAUCGUCGAACUCAUCUUAAGCGGAGCUGAUCUGAUUAUUCGUUCAAAACCAACAGCUCUGGAAGCAGCUCUACACCAGGACGUAUGCACCCUCAGCAACAUCUCACACAUCUUCGACAGCCUCAUUCUCGCGACCGUGGAAAGAUUUGUACAAAAUCUCGUUCAAUUGGAGACGGGGCCAUGCUCGAACGAGCGUAUUGCGAUCCUCCGUCCGCAAAGCCAUCCUGCCACCUUUGCCCCUGACGAUCGACGAUCCAAAUGAGGGGUCCCACACUACGGGGGCAGGUACUGAGACGCCUUUGAAUCGACCCCACCCCCGCGUUGUUCGGCCAUUCGCAUACCCACCGACCGCGACAGCUCGGAGUCGAGUGUCGCCCAACUCGGCUUUGCAGAGCAACACCCUGGUCCAGUUCUACCGCAAUAUAUAUUUCAUCGGCUCCCGAUCGACACAUCCAUCCUCAGUCAUCCCACCGGUCCAGGUUCAGCAGGCCCUCCCGGAUGGUUCUACCCUCUUACUCGGAGAGAUCAUAUCGCCGAAUCUGUUCGCUUCGUACCAACAGUCGUCGGCAGGCUUCAGACCUGCCGUCUCGAUUACAUCGAUACAACUUGACGAGGCACCCAACACCUCGUUCGAUACAAGCCACCAAGUCGAACUCGCUGUCUUUCUGUCGACUGGUCAAUUCUCCUUAUUCUCCGUCACGCUCCCAAACUCGACAGCUCCCUUCGAAUGGCAAGAGGUACAUACUUCCCCGUUAACCACGGCAUCGACCAUGGCUCAGUCAUUCGAUCCCGUUGUUCUCGCCAGAUACCAUGGGGCUCUCCUGGCCACAUGUUCGAGGUCAUUCGUGCUGCGGUUCUACCAUGUCAUCCGUCGUCCAGCAGCAGACACCUUCGGAGGAUCGCUUGUGAUCGAGGCUUCGGAUCGACUCCAGACGACAGAAUCAUGGGCACCCGCCAGUCUUUCCCUCGAAAAGCUACCUGACCCCUUCGUCUUAGAUACCUACGAUUAUCGCAAGCGAUCGAAAGCGUCGUCUCUGCCUCAAGCGUUCAAACUUGUCCUCGCUUAUGCGACUCCCAUCUUCCCGGAUUCGUGGUCCGUCGGCGUGCAGCAAUUCGAGGUGACCCUCACCCCACACCAUGAUGCCAUGAACCUUUCAGGCAUCAUGAUCAAGUCUCAGCACGCUGUCGCGCGUCUUGCCGCCGGCAUGUUCGCGUCACCGACUUACCCGCAUCCUUCCUCUUCGCGGGCGUCGUUGGUGACUGCGAUCGAGCACUUGGGCGAUCACGUCGUUAUCUCACGAGCGGACAACACUUUGGAUGUCUACCUCCUCACCGCGGAUCCGAAAACGAAGCAGCUUGGCAUUCAACAUAUCAAGACUCUAUUCGGGCACACAGCAAGAGUUUCGAGUCUGGCAUUGGUGCCGGGCACUGGAGAUCGCGUUUCUGCAGCUGCGCCGGCGACGUCCUCGACCUUGCGCACGGCGCGUGAGCAUGAUCUGCGCAACAGCGUGUCGGCAGGCCAAGUCGUCAGUGCGAGUGAAGAUGGCAAAGUGAAGAUCUGGAAUCUUGGGCCACCCUGCCGAGAUUCGAAGCGCUCCACCAGUGUAGUUUCCUCGGCACCCAUUGACGUCACAGAAACCGAACAUACGAGCCUCUCUUCCGAAGAGUCGAAGGACCGAGCGCCAGGGGUGUUGACAUGGGUCCAGCUUGCUUCAAAGCGUUCACAGAGGCAGCGUGAGACCGUGGUCCGCGUGGCUUUGGACAUGGAGAAGAUUGUGACCGUCGUCAGGAGAAGGGGAAGAGCCGGCAAUGGGGACGAGGCGGACGGGGAGGAGGAGAUGAUCCGGAUCUUGAGGUUCGAUUGA